UAUCGCGAGAUGAUAUGCAACUAGAAGUACUGUAAGUGAAAGUGAAAUUAAAGUGUGAAACGCCACCACCCUUUUCUCCGUUAUUUCUGGAACAGACGUCGUGUUACAUUCUGUUCGUUGACAAAUUAGCCUUUCGACUGUUUUGGUUUAUUUUUCUAAACUCCUAAUAGUUUUCUUCACCAGUUACAAACAGCUUUACCUUGGAGUCAGACUUGUUUUGUUAGUGAAAUGAAGACCUUUCCGACCGCGGCGGCCUGGUGUUUUGGGAUUCUGUUCAUCAGUGUUUCAUUAACAACGACAGGGUCGUCUGAGGUUCAGGUUGUUGGAUCGGCUGGUGAUGACAUCAUUCUACCAUGUUCCCUGAAACCCAGUGUCAGUGCUGAGGACAUGACAGUGCAGUGGACAAGAUUGAACCUGAAAGCAGAAAAGGUCCAUCUUUACCUUGACGGUCGAGUCUCAAAUGAGGAUCAGUUUCCAUCCUACAAGGGAAAAACAUCAAUGUUUCAUGAAGAACUGAAGAAUGGCAACGUCUCCUUAAAGCUGACCAGAGUUACUUGCUCUGAUGCUGGAAGAUACAGGUGCUUCAUUCCAACACCGAGGCAGGAAACCACCGUUCAACUCAUUGUUGGUGCUGUAUCUCAGCCAGUGAUCUCUAUUGAUGGAACUAAAGGCUGGGGGGUGGUCCUGAAGUGUGAGUCUGGAGGCUGGUGUCCUGAACCUGAGAUGGAGUGGCUGGACAGUUCUGGAACCAUCCUCCCUGCUGAUGGACCUCCAGAGAGACACAGGGACUCAGAGGGCCGCUACGCUGUGAGACAACAUGUCACCGUGAACCAGACUGACACCAACAGGUUCACCUGUAGAGUUCAACAGCAGGAGAUCAACCACCUGAAGGAGACAGAGAUUCAUGUCCCAGAUGACGUGUUUCCUAAAUCACAAGUAGGGUUGAUUGUUGGUCUGUCAAUAGCAGCAGCAGCUGUUGUAGUUCUUGCAGCUUUCGCUGGUGUCUACAAGUGGAGAACAGAGAAGAUUAGAAAAGAAUUGGAAGGAAAACCUGAUCCUAAUUCUGUCCUGUAAGGGCUUGAAGAUGAUGAAAACAGACUCCUUCCCAAAAGUCAAGAAGAAGUCGACUUGGAAGGAUCUGGAUGAGCUGGAGAGGGGAGGAAGAGUUACUAUAGAAUUUAACUCUAUGCUAUAGGAUUACUAUAGAGAGACUAACUUUCUAUAGAGACCUGUCCCACCUAACAAUGUUGAGUUUCUGAGUAUAUAACUUGUGUGUGAUUGUCACGUUCCUGACCUUGUCACGUUCCUGACCUUAUUUCCUUUAUUUUGUCUUUGUUUAGUUGGUCAGGACGUGAGCUGGGUGGGCAUUCUAUUCCAUACUACCCAUGCUUGUAUUAUGGGUUUAUAUCAAUUUCCUGGUUAUUCUAUAUAUGUUUCCCCCAUAAAUAAUGUCUUUCUAAUCCCCCUCAGGAAUUGAUAGAGUUAAAUUGAAUGGAAUGAUGGACUAAAGUCUCCUGUUAGAAUCUGUUACAGACCCUCUUAUGUCCAGUACCUGAUAAUCAGGUAUAUCAACCAGACCACAGGACUAAUGUCUCCUGUUAGAAUCUGUUACAGACUCUCUUAUGUCCAGUACCUGAUAAUCAGGUAUAUCAACCAGACCACAGGACUAAUGUCCAUUGGCUCCGUUCCAGCCAUUAUUGUGAGGCUCCUCCCCUCAGUUUCCUGUGAACAAGACUGAGUGAAAUGUUUAUAUUGUAGCUUCAACCUGUCAGCUUCUGUGAACAAGACUGAUUAAACCAUUUAUUGAAAUGUUUAUAUUUUAGCUUCAACCUAUUAGCUUCUGUGAACAAGACUGAUUAAACCAUUUAGUGAAAUGUUUAUAUUUUAGCUUCAUGUCAAUGUGCCAGUUUUUUAUUUGACUUUUUAAGUGUAUUUUUUUGCUCUGCUUUUUUAGUAUCACCUUGAUUAUAUACAGAGGGGUCAAAUUAUUGACACCCUUGUUAAAGAUUAGCAAUAAUGACUAUAUUAAAUAAAGUACUGACCUAUUGUAUGCUCAAAAUAAAUUGUAAAUUAUAUUAAUUUAAAAUAAUAUAAUUGCUCAAGAGAUUUUUUUGUUGUAAUGUAUUUUGUUGUAAAAAGUUAGGGGUCAAAAUGAUUGAUGGCCCAAAAUCUACAGGAGUGUGAUGAUGUCAUUGCUAUGAAUAUAGAACCAGAUACUGACCUUCUGACUAGUUUAUUAGACUCUUUAGGGGGGUCAAUCAUUUAGAAAAUAAAUACUACUUGUUAAACAAAAUAUUAUAAUCAGGUCAAUCGUAAUAGCAAUAAAAUAAUAUAAUUAACUCAUGUUGAUUAGGUGAUAAAGCUCAGUAUUUAAAUUAUUUAUUUAUACAGUCAUUAUUACCUUUAUCAAGGGUGUCAAUAAUUCCAGACCCCACUGUAUAUUAUAUAUUGAUGUAUAUUAUACAGUCAUUGUUAUCAUUAUCAAGGGUGUCAAUAAUUCCAGACCCACUGUAUAUUAUAGUCAUCUUUAUCAAGGGUGUCAAUAAUUCCAGACUCCAAUGUAUAUUAUAUAUUGAUGUAUAUUAUACAGUCAUUAUCUUUAUCAAGGGUGUCAAUAAUUCCAGACUCCACUGUAUAUUAUAUAUUGAUGUAUAUUAUACAGUCAUUACCUUUAUCAAGGGUGUCAAUAAUUCCAGACUCCACUGUAUAUUAUAUAUUGAUGUAUAUUAUACAGUCAUUACCUUUAUCAAGGGUGUCAAUAAUUCCAGACCCGCUGUAUGUUAUAUAUUGAUGUAUAUUAUACAGUCAUUACCUUUAUCAAGGGUGUCAAUAAUUCCAGACCCGCUGUAUGUUAUUUAUUGAUCAUGUAUUUACAGUUGAAUGGUAUUUUCCAUGUAUUGUUGAUUUCUUGAUUUUAAUAAACUGGGACAUCAUUGUGUGAGAA